AACCAGGUAAAAUCAGUAUGAAUAUAUGUAAUUGUGUAAUGGGGGGUUUUAGCAUGAUCCCUUUCGAUAAGUCUGCAAAGGAAAUUGUUUCGCAGGAUUCCGGAGAGAUUGUGGUUGCUGCAAAGCACAGGUAAGAGAAGCAUAACAUUUUCAUUUCGUUAUUCCAAACGCUAUUAUGUUCUGUGUUGUGUUCAAUUAUUUCUUUAAAAAUUUUGCUCUGCUUUAAACUUUUGAAACUUUAUUCUGAUUUAUGAUAUCCAGAUUUUGAACCGUUCAUUGUUGUACUUGGAUUUUGCUUGUUAGUUGGUAGUGUAUGUUUCUUGAAUUUAUACAGCACACUGCAGCUUUUAUUUUAUUUUAUUUGUAAUCCAAAUUUUUGCCCUUGGCGGCGCCGGGUGGGUGGUCGGGGAGGCAGAAGCAGCCGGAACUGGCGGGAGACGGGCAUUUAGUUAUGUAUUGGUAUGUGUUUGUGUGAUCGUGUGUAGAAGUACGAGUGUCAGUUCGAUUGAAGAACAUUCAUGCUAGACAAAAUUUAUGAUUAACUGGGUGGAAUGAUGGUGAAAUUAUUGGUACUUUGUGUAUUUAGUGGAUGUAGCUCUGUAUUGUGGAAAUUUGUAAAAGGAGGAUGGCAAUUAUCCUUGCAGCAAAUAUGUGUUCCAUCACAAAUUCCAAGACGGUUGAAGGGAUCAAAAGAUUUGCUAAUGAAGAUAAAGUGCAAUCCAGGUCUAAUAUUGCAUUGCCUCAUCUGGAAGCUUCAUCAAGUCGCAGGCAUCUUUUAGUCGGUGUUGGCCCUUCAUUGGCUACCUUGGCUUGUGGUUUGUCACCAUCAAUGGUAUGGGCUGAAGAGAGUUCUGGUGAGAAAGAGGAAGAAGAUAAAGGGGUUAUUGGGGCUAUCAAAUCAUUAUUUGAUCCUAAUGAGAAAACAAAGUAUGGAAAGGUGUUGCCUAAGGCUUACUUAAAGUCAGCAAGAGAAGUAGUGAAAACACUGCGUGAAUCUUUAAAUGAAACCAGUGAUGACGUUGCCAAAUUUAGAAGGACUGCAGAUUCCGCAAAGGAGUCAAUUCGGAAAUAUUUGGGCAGUUGGAGGGGAAAUCAGACUCUUGUGCAAGAAGAAUCAUAUGUUAUUUUGGAGAAAGUAAUAAGAUCUUUGGCAAACUUUUACUCGAAGGCAGGGCCAUCAGCUCCACUAUCACAAGAAGUUAAGUCUGAAAUAUUAGAUUACCUAAAUACAGCUGAAGAUUUUUUGUAGAAAAAAUGUUAUAGAAAUAGCACUAUUUUUAACUCGCUGGUGCUACAUAGCAUGUCAUUAAGCAAAAUUAUUCUUCAAUCAAAUUAAUUUAGUUCCAAAAAAUUGAUCCAACUUCUUUUUUUAUUUUUUC